AUGGCCGCUCAAUCCACAACCGCCAACACUGGCACGACCACGACAACAGGAACAACAACAACUACAACUACAACACCAUCCCAUAUCCUCUCAACUCACCGCGCUCUAGUCGAAACCCUGACCUCAUUCCUAACCGUAGCGACGCACCACAUCCUCUACCUCCGACGCCUCUACCCGCCCAUCUCAUUCCUCUCGACCCGCGCAUACAACUACCCGGUGCGCCAGAACCGCCACCCGGCCGUCUGCACUUGGAUCCUCGACGCCGUCAGCGCCGUCCGCGACCAACUGGAGAAGAACACGGUCGAGAAAGUCGCGCUGUGUAUCUACGAGUGUGAAAGCAAUCGCGUGCUCGAGCGCUGGACGUUCGACUUACAUUCCUUGCCGGCCGUGGCUAAGAGGGAUAGGGAUGUUCCUUUUGAAUCUGCGUAUACGUCCACAUCGGCACGUCCUUAUCCAGCAGCAUCAGCAUCGGCAUCAGCAGCAACACCAGCAUCAGCAUCAGUAUCAGGCCCAGCACACACCACAACCACCACCACCAAUACAACUCAAUCAGCUCUAAAUACAAACCCAAAUCAAAUCUUGCUAGCGCGCACAUUGAAUCUGACUGAUCUAGAAGCACACUUCCGCGCCACUUUGUCCAGAAUCAGCACCGCCGCCGCCCGACUGCGGCCGUUGCCUGAAGGGCCUGGGGCGCCGGAAUGCAGUUUCACGCUGGCAAUCGAGGUCAAAGAUAACGCUGAUCGGCCUGUUGGCAGACUUGAGCGGGAAGAGCGGAAAUGGAUGGCCGCGGAACCUGAAGUUUUUGAUGAUGCUAAAGACCCCGAUGGACGAGCUACUGCCUCGACCUCUGGAAAUCAAAACAGACAAACAGUGUCCAAAGACAAAAACAAAGAUAAAGAUCCAACUUCAGCUCCGGCUCCGGCUCCGGGUCUCUCUCAUUCUCCACCCCGGCAUGCCCGUCAAAGUCAGACGCAUGCAGUCCGCCGCCUCGAAGCCGGCGAAUUACGCAUCGAAGUCUGGGUGGAAGAAUCCGCUGCGAAGUUCGACUACAGUAGCAUGGAAACCACUUCUGGCUCUGGUCCUAAUACUACUACAUCUGCUCCCGCCGCCGAGAGACGGGCCAAGAUGUCCUACGGCGCCGGGCAGGAGAGGUUCAAUCCUGACGCUGGUCAUGGCCCUGAUCCUGAUCUUGAAGAUGCUCUCGGAGGCGGAUAUGACCUCGAGCCCCCAGAUAUCAAUCGCAAACCACAGGGUGGAGCGACGACAGAUUACCAACGCGGGUGA